AUGAAAAAAUGGAAAGAGAAAAGAAGAUGGCAUAUAAACAUUAUAUUGAUGUUUUUACAUCAUUUCUUCGAUAGAAUUAAUUACUCCAUGAGGAACACAUUUUUACAUGAUCACUAUAUUUUUAUGAAAUUUAAAAAGAAUAAAAUUAUUGGACUUCUAUCAAUAAUUAAUUCAAGUGUCUGUUUAGUUAUAUCACCAAUAGUUGGAUAUUAUUGUGAUAAGCAUAAAAAAGAAAGGAAAAAAAUGUUACAGUUUAUAUCAGUAUCGUAUUUGCUAGUUAAUAUUAUUCAUUAUAUGUUUAUACGGACCAACAGUUUAAGUUUAAUCAUAUUUGUAACAGCCAUUUCAAAAAUGCUGCAUGAAUGUUCUCAUGUAAUAACAGAAUCGAUAUUUAUAGAAAGUAUAGAUAGAGGGAAAAAAAGCUUGAUAUUUACCUACCAGAAACUCAUAAGUACCGUUGCUACUAUGCUAGGACCAUUUUUUUGUCUAAUAUUAUUUUAUGUAUAUAACGAUAAAUGGAAUAUAAAAAAUAUUUUCAUCAUAUUUCAGUUUUCUAUAUUAACUAUUGUUCCACAAACUGUUAUAAGUUUCCUAUGGGAAAAUAAAACUGUAGAUACUAUAAAAAAUUCAGAAGAAAUAGAACUACUAACAAAAAAAAAUGAUAAAAAAAAUAUGUUCUGUUUUUCUACGAAACAUAUACCAUAUAUUGUUUUUGUCUCUCACAUGAUAACCCUAGCCGGAGCAGGAAUGACAUUUAAAUACUUUUCGUUAUUUUUAAAAUCAGAAUAUAAGGUUUCACCAAUAUUAAUGUGUAUUCUUAAUAUUGUUAUUCCGGUGUUGUUAACUGUUUUUACAUACAUUUCACAGAAAUUGUCCAAAUGUAUUGGAAGGGCUCAGGUUUCUUUGUUCUUUACAACCAUUGGUUUUCUGCUUUUAUGUUCAUUGCUAUAUAUUCAGAAUUAUAAAGAUGUCUUAAAAGUGCAUGUUUUUAGGAGCGUUUUUCAAAAUUGCACGAAUUCAAUAGAUAAAAGUAUUUUAUAUGAUUUUAUUGAUACAAACAGAUAUACAGGAAGAUGGAUGGGUGUACAAAGCUUAUACUAUUUAGUAUGGUCCAUUAGUGCUUAUUUUGGUGGUUGGUUGUCAGAUAUAUCGUCAUAUAGAAAUACGUUUAAAAUAACAACAUUCUUUUAUUUGAUCUCACUGAUAAUUUACGCUCCCCUAUUAUGGUUAGUUCCUGUUAAGGAAAUUGUCUGA